GUUCAUAUGUUACAUAUAAUGUUGUUUGUUUCUCACCUAUGGGUAUAGUGGUUCUGAGACCUGGUAAACAGAAAAAGUUAUGCGUUAUCGAACCCAACUGCGGGUUAUACGUCUUGUACCAAUAAGCCACGAUCCGCACCAGAUGAAUUCUCUAAAUAUCAUGAGUUCAUGGCUCUGUUAGCAUGUGGGUGGGUCAUAGUUUUUAUUAGGAUAAAUGUUUACGGGCGUAUUAUACUAAGGAUUGCAAUGGGCACUCAGACCGCACUAUCUCUGCGUCACUUUCAGCAAUGUACACACGGCGAUAGUCAAUUAUCUUAUCACUCCACUUCGAUUACAACUCCAGUGCAGAUGUAUCCUUUGAAAAAAUGCGCGCGCUCCAAAUUUUGACGUUUAGCAUUAUAUUUUUUCACGCGUGUGCCCAAGAGGUGUCGUUGGUGAAGUUGUGUACGCACUGCACAUGCAGUGAGAUCCCCGAUGUUGAUGGGACACAUUUAGUGCUGAACAUUCUGUGCUCCGAACUGGAUAAGGUGGACGACCUUGCAGAUUUGGACAAGAUAGAAUGGCCGGAUAAUUCUAAUGGACUGAAGAUUUCCGCCACCUUUGAAGGAUUGGGACUCACGACGCUUGGAAAGCUACCACCAAAUUCACAAGUUGAAACCCUUCGCUUCAGCAACAACGCGAUAACAACGUAUUGGCCGAACCCCUUUAGCGACGUACCGAACUUAAAAAUACUAUCUUUCUCACAAAACGACCUUGCCGAGUUGACUUCUGAUCUCUUUACAAACGUCAAAAGUUUGGAAGACCUAGAUUUGUCUUACAACAAGUUGACUCGCAUCAGUCCCUUGGACUUUAAGAAUGUCCAACGCCUAAAGAAGUUAAACCUUCAAAGCAAUUCGCUUAGAAAGUUCCCGGUAGAGGCGUUACAGUCUAUGAAUGUUCUGGAAGACCUGGAUUUAAGUAAAAAUGGAAUAAUAGACGUUUUGUUGCGAAGGGCGGUUACUGACGGAUUGAAAGGAGUGAAACGAUUGAACCUUAGUGGUAAUAGAAUAAGGUCUAUUGUUAAGGAUUCUUUUCCGGAAGAUAAUAAUAUCGAACUCCUGGACCUUUCAAACAACGUAAUCGAAGUUAUCGAAGAAGAGGCUUUUUUGACCUGCACCAGUUUACGUGAAUUGAACCUAGCACAGAACAACAUAACGUUUACUUUCGCACUUCCACCUACACUUCAAAUCGCGAUACUUAGGAUUAAUACCCUGUACCACUGGCCUAAAUUCCCCGCUGGAAUCACAUAUAUCGACUUAUCGUAUAAUCGACUAUCAGCUCUCUAUGACGAAACCAGCAUUGACUUUCAUAACUUAGAGGUUCUUAACAUUGGAGGGAAUCAAAUAAAAGAAUUCGACUUACAAAAGAAAUUGCCACGGCUCUUCAGUUUGGAUAUAUCGUACAAUAUCAUUCCUGAAGUGCCUAAAUGCAUCAGCAGCCAGAAUUUCCCGACUUUAGAAGAAUUAAGAUUAGAUGGCAACCCAAUCGAUAGUAUUUACUUUAAAAAUAUAAUUGCUCUUAAAAAUUUGUAUAUGAAUGAUAUGAACAAACUUUCUACUGUGGAAGAUAAAGCUUUCAGUAACGUGAUUGGUCGACCGGGAGAUGAGAUAGUGUAUGAGAAGACAUGCUUCUCUCUCUAUUUAUCAAAUUGUGCAUCGCUUCGCGAAAUUCAAGAAGGCGCGUUUGAUGGGACUACGUUGUGUAUGCUAGAUAUAAGCAAGAACAACCUAACACAUCUAUCGAGAACGCUCCUUGAAUGGAGGUCCCUAACGGAGGGGGCUAAUCUCCAGUUUAACCCAUGGCAUUGCUCCUGCGACAUGCAAUGGGUUCUAAAGGACUUACUACCACAGAUGUACAAGACAAACUCCUUACUCCUCAGUGAAUUUAGGUGUGGGUCUCCACGUGCCUACGAAGGUCUACGCCUGGUGCAUUGGUACAACUGGACCGAACAGGCAAUGUGCACAGAUGCUUAUGGUUUAGACAAUUAUCAGAUUGAACCGUCAACAAUAAAAUCAUCACAAAUUAGUUCCUUGACUCUAAUCCUCGCUGGAUGCAUCAUUGCAGCGCUGAUCGUUGCCACAGCGCUGUCCGUUUACCUCAUACGAAAUAGACGAAGACAUAAUGUGAGGCAAGCCGCUUUAAAACGAAAGCGACAAAGCGCUUUAGAUGUAAGAGAGGCCAAUGGGCACGAGCAAUUCUCAGCUUUAAAUAAAGCCUGAUAGAGUCUAGAAUCUCACAGAUAUUGUGAGAGGGAUGUGUGAUCGUGUAUUUGUAGUUUUUGGUUUUUAAGAAUUAUUUAUAAAGGUAUAGAACUUCCAUAAAGCUAAAUAACUAUUAAAAGUUUUAAUGUUUUAUGUAAAUAGCUGACAUAAUUUUUGUAAAUAAAAAUAGAAUGCAAAGCCUAAAUAAUAUUAUUGAAGGCACAAUAAUUGUGUAACAAUUUUUUUAUUACAAGGUUUAAACUCCAACCAAAUGUUAUUAUUAUAUCUUCGGCUGUUUGACUGGAUGAAGGAUUGCCAUACUUGAUUAUUAUUUUAUUUCUUGUUGAUGAUUUUCGUUAAUAAAAUAGAUUUAAGUGUAUUUUAGAAUCUGAGUAAGUUAAUAAAUAUUUUUUAUUUU